UUUCUUUGCGCCGGUCGCUUACUUAAUAAUCCAAUUCCAAUCUUUUCAACACUUGUUUUUACCACAUCCACAAAAACAACACAACUAUCUAUCAAGAUGCAGUACUCUCUCGUCGCCAUCGCUGCUUUCGCGGCCGCCGCCAACGCUCACGGUGUCAUCACUGAAGUCCAGGGUGCCAACGGUGUAAACAUGCCCGGUCUUUCCGUCGCGGACGGCACACCUCGUGACUGUGCCAGCCCUCUCUGCGGCUCUGAAGCCGAUACCUCCAUCAUCCGUACUAAGGAGAUGGGCGGCAAAGCCUCAGCCCUCGGCCGCACAGCCAACGGCCCCGUCGAUGCUGCCUCAGCCAUCGCGACCUUCAUGGGCACCGGCGCGGGAGCCGCAGCCGGAACCGCAGCCACCAAGCGUCAACUCCUCGGCGGACUCCUCGGAGGCGGCAAAGGCAAAGGCGCUGGUGGUGCGGCCGGAGCUGGCACCAAAACCGCAAAAGGCACGACCGAGCAGGGCGUAGCCGCCGCCGCAGGUGCAGGCGCUUCUUCGGGCCUCCCCACCACCGCCGACGACGGCACAAUCACAAUGACCUUCCACCAAGUCAACCAGGACGGUGCCGGGCCCCUCAGCGCGCAAAUCGACGCCACCUCCGGCGGCACCGACCCCGCUGCCUUCCAGGACGCGACCGUCACCCAGAACGUGCCCGGAAUCGGCAUCGGUGGCCUCUCCGCCGCUUCCACCAUGGACUUCCCCGUCAAGGUCCAGAUGCCCGCCGGCAUGACGUGCCAGGGUACCGCUGGCGGCGCCAGCAAUGUCUGCGUUGUUCGCAUGCAGAACAAGGCGCUUGCGGGCCCAUUCGGUGGCUCCGCGGCUUUCACGCAGUCGACCGGUGCGCAGAAGAGGGCUGUCGAGUAUAACCUGAGGAAGAGGCACAUGGCUCGUGGCGUCCUUGGCAAGCCUGAGUAG